GCAGCGAUGGGAGGGGGAGGGACGUCGUCGGUGUCUCUUCGGAACAGCUGCUGGGUCCCUUGUCCUCUCGCGACGCCUUGGCCUUCCUGCUGGUCGCCGUGGCGACCGACUGCUGACACCGGCAGGUUGCGUCAUCGGGUACACAGACUGGUUCUUCAUCCGGUGAUCAACAAGCCUCUUCGCGUCCUGCACGUUACGCCACGUCACGGCUGGGGUGCGUGAUGGGGUACGAUGUGAUGCAUGUGCUCUUGUCGAAGGAUAAUGGCAGCUCCUGUGGAGACAAAGAGACGACACCAGUCAAUGAGAUGCGGUGCUAUUGACCCCGAUGGAGGGCUCACCUGGAGUCGCUGCUGGAGUGGGCCGAUGAUGUCUUCGGUUUUCUUGAUGUACUUGAGAGUCUCCUGUUUUCUCGUGGGAAUGAUUUCCCAUCCGUCGUUUGAUAUUGUGUGCUGAGGGAUAGAGGGAGACACGAGCGGCUGCAACAAAGUGAAUGAGAAGAGAAUGGUAUCGACAUACCUGGCCGACCCACCCAUCCGCCCGUGAUUGACGUGGCGCACUGAGGGGUGCCAACACGACAAAUACAGCUGAAAAGGAGCCAACACACCGCACAACAAACACAAUGUCAGACGUCUCAGUGCCUGCCUGUGAAGCUGUCUUCCCAUGCCUGCCCGUGAGCGUUACGGGUCGCCAUUUCCUCACAUUCCCAUGGUGAGCUCCUCGCGUGUCAUGUCGGGGGCGGGGAGCGGGGUGGGCCAUGCUGUCGCAUCCUGCCACAUACGCACAGAAAUACACAUAGCGAUGCAAUCAGCAUACCACUCGACAUCAACCUUCCACCGUACGUGUCGGUCGGUCCCCGUAUUCUUAUCUUGCGCGGCUGAGUGUUCAAAAAGCAU